GGCGGCUGGCUGACAGAGCGUGGCGGCUCCGAGGGCCCGCGCGGGGCUCAGCUUCCUCAGCGCCGGGCUGCGAAGGCAGCCGAGCGUGCCAGCGGCCGCUGUUUCUCCGAGUCGCUGUCUUCCAGGCUCCGGCCGGUGGUCGGCAUGGCCCGUGGAAAUCAAAGAGAACUUGCCCGCCAGAAAAAUAUGAAAAAAACCCAGGAGAUUAGCAAAGGAAAAAGAAAAGAGGAUAGCUUGACUGCCUCCCAGAGAAAGCAGAGGGACUCUGAGAUCAUGCAACAAAAGCAGAAGAUAGCCAAUGAGAAGAAGUCUAUGCAGACAAGGGAAAAAUGAUGACUGGCUUUUUGGCAAACCUGGGUGCUAUUGCCAGUGGGGUGCAUCAUAAGCUCUAAGAUCAAAAUUCCUCAGAGUGACUAAUCAUUACCUGUGUUAUAACUUAUCCUUAUAAAACUGUCUAUUUUAAACUUUACUUUUCACCCUUAAUGUUUUAAGACCAUUUUCAAAGAAUAAAACACUGACCAUGCAUGUAA